UGUAUUCGACUCAGACAUGGCGGGAUGGACGAAACUUCUAAACGGCUCAUCGAAGCUUUCGUUACUUGUUUUUAUGCUUCUUCUUGGACCGAGUGAGAGUGCAGACCCCGAUCCAGUCAGUAAACGUGACAUCACAGAACUCAGAGAUGGAGAGGUCCAAACCAAGUCCGAUUCUAAACUGUUCUGUUACACCAACACCAUUAACCCGUCCUGGAGACACACCUGGACGCGGAUCCAGAUCAAAGUCUGGAGCUCGGAUGUGUUCCAGGUGAAGGUGGUGAACAGUGAAGAAGAGCUGGAGAGCUUCAGCAUCUGGUCAUGGUUCCAGAGCCUUCUGAGAGAGGGCCACAAUGAGACCAGCCUGAACAUCAACCUGUUCUCCAAGAAGACUUGCUUCAAAGUCGUACCAGCCACGGCAAAAACAUACAACGUCCAGACGCUCCGCAAGUUUGACAUCUACCUGUUCCUAGUCUUCCUUGGUGGGGUGCUGUUGUUCCUGUUUGCAGAUUCACUCAGCCAGAGUACCCUUUUCUUCUUCUCGGCCGGGAUGAGCAUCGGAAUGGUUGCGUCCCUCAUCAUCGUGGUCUUCAUCCUGUCCCGGUUCCUGCCCGCUAAAAACUUCUUCAGAGCACUCUUCACCGCCGUCUGCUCCUUCUCCGUCUACGCUGUGCAGCUGGUCUGCAGGAACCUCAAGGAGAUCUUGCGGGAGCACUGGAACCUGGCUCUCGGCUACGUGGUCAUCGUCGGCUUCAUCAGCUUCAUCAUCUGCUACCGCUUCGGCCCCCUGACGGACCAGAAGAGCAUCAACAUCCUGUCCUGGACUCUGCAGCUGAUCGGCCUGCUGCUCAUGUUCCUGGGGAACCAGAUCCACCAGGUGGCACUGUCCAUCAUCGUGGCUGCUCUUCUGACCAAACACUUGGAGUACCCAGUCAAUGCAGCGGUGGCAGCGUCCAGGAAGAUCCGGCAAGCAGUCUACUGGAAACCUGAGCCACGCCGCUUGCUGACGAUGGCCGAGUACCAUGAGCAGGGGGAGGUGGAGACCCAGCGAGCCCUGGAGGAGCUGCGCAGCUUCUGCAACAGUCCUGACUUCGACACCUGGAAGGCAGUGUCCCGGCUGCAGUCCCCAAAACGGUUCGGAGACUUUGUCCAGGGAACGUCCCACCUGAUGCCCCAGGAGGCGGCGGAGCACGCUCAGGAGUUUGGUCUGGGCAGCUCCUUCUUGGAGGACGAGCUCUUCGACACGGACGAUGACGACACCAACCUGACAGAGGACGACGAACCAGAGCUGAUGAAGGCGCAUCAACGCGCUGAUUUUUAAUGAUCGGAGCUUCUGAAAGACAAAUGGAUUUUAAGGAACUGAAUUCCACUGAGACAAAAGUGCGUGAUACAGCGUUUUUUUUUUGUUUGUUUUUGUCACAAUUCAGCAGCGACUUGUGUUUCUGGAUUAUGAGUGUUAUUUAUUUUCCUCCUGAGGAAUUGUCAUUUGAGCUAUUAAAUUCUGGUUUAUGGUCUUCACAGCGCGCCCAUG